GUAGUGCGACCGCUAUAGCGCGGGAUAUAUAGGAGCAGCCGCAGCUGAUUAUCAAGCUUUUUACCUUUCGCGCGCACGCUCGCUCGUCUGCAGGCUUUCCCAACUCGGCUUCUUCGGGCUUAUCGUGUACUACUCGCUAAGUAUGAGCCAGUCGUUUAAACUUUCGCCGGAGGAGGACAGUCGAGGAAAAUCAAUAUAAGUAUAGACACACACACACACACACACACACACACACACACACACACACACAGUCGUGCUUUGUCGGACUGGAUUAUACCGGGAAAUCGUGCGCUCGAGCUGGGAGCACCUGUUUAUAUACCAGCAGCGGCUCUGAAUGGAAGAAGCAUGCGAUGCAUAAGAAAACGGCGAAAACCCAGCGUAACCCGAGCUCGAGGAUGACGAUCGGACAAAGCUCGAGCUUCAGCAGCAGCAGCAAGCACGGUGCAGAGCAACAUCAGAACAGGAUGCGCUCCUCGGUCAGCUGGGAGCUGGACACGGGCGAGAGCUCCUGGUCGGAGGACGUGGGGGACGUGCCGACGCGUCGCGUUCUGGAACAGUGGAGGGCUCUGGAGUCGGUGCUGUACGACGAGGAGAAUCCCCAGGUCCCACCUGGCACGUCGCUCUACGACGAGUGUCUGCAGUGGCGCAGUCAACUGCCGCAUCUCAGGAUCCUCGGGACGGGCUACGACAAUCCUGGUCUGACUGUUAGGAGUAACCACCUCGCAUCAUCGGCACCGCUUGCAAUUAGGGAGAGAAGCGCGCAGAGGAACGGCAGCGCUAAUGCGUCUAUGAACUACGAUAAUCACUUGUCUAUGCGAAUGAGCGAGCUGAGCUGUCACACGACGCCGAAUUCCAGACAGGCCAAGGAACAAGUUCUGGAUCACAUCGUCGAAUUCAUAUGCAAAGAGCUCGCGGAGAUCGAGGCAGAAAGGGAGGCCGAGGAUCGAUUGAGCGACAACUUCGAGGAGUUCCUCAAAAUCACGCCGGCGCCUACGUGCACCGGCAAGAAUCCUCUGAAGAGCAACAACUUUUAUUACAAAAUAGACAGUGUCGACGCAUCAGCGAGUAAGGAUAGAGAAAGAGAGCUGCAGUCUGGAAGGAAUAAGCUUGGCAUGGUUUUCAACGAGAGGGUCAUUGUCAGUCCAGUGCCGUUCGUCGUUACCUCCAGAGAGAGCUUUUCCACCCUUCGUACGACUCCGAUUCAAUUCUUUAGAGAUGACCAUCGUGUGCCUAGUAACGAUCGAUCGGGCUCAAAGCAUGAGAACGGAAAGCGAAAAUUCUCGUUGACAAGGAAAACACACCUGGUACCCCGUGUUCAAGCGCCAUGGAAUACGUCAGUAUUGCCAGCAAUAUAUCCGAAAAAUGUCAGGCUCACUCCUAUUGACACUUCCAGACUGCCAAGUAGUAAACGGAGGCCAAGCAAAACUGCGGAUAGCAUACAUAUGCGAUGUAGUCGAAACUCCCUAAGUCCGAUAUCGCGAUCUGUUCAACCAAAUUCUCCACGCAAUCGAAACCACAAUCUCAUGGAGCAGUUGGAAAUUCGUGGCUCCCACAUUGUCGCACAGGCGCCGUCGUUUGUCGAUAAAAAGAAAACUAGGAGAAAACUUUCACAAGCCAAACGUCAUGAGGAUGAUUAAGCAAAUUUGGAGUACAUUUAUAUUAUAAGCAACGAGUGCAUUAUUUAUGGUUUUGCGUCAGCUGUCGCGGACGAAUUGUUAUACGACGAUCAAAACUAUUGCUUAUACUGUGUGUAAGUUGUGUUAGUUAAGCAAAAUUGUGUGUUGCCUAUCUGUAUGCGCGGAAACUAUAUACGUAACUCUUCAAAAAGACUGGCAUAGUUCAGAUUCCCCAAAAAGAUACGGAUCCCUUUCAAAAGCCUUUUAUGCGCAAAUUAGCCGCGUGUAGAAGGUUUUUUUUGUAAAUUAAAUUUAAAGAAUUUUAAUUCCCUCAAGAAGUAACGAAUUAAAAACAAAAUGUAUUUUUGGUCUUGAUAUCUUGGACGCUAUUAUAAAAUGAUUGUAUAUAUCUGCGUACUUAAUCUCGCAGCACAAUCGACGACACGCGAACACGUGAAAUCGCAUGUCUUUAUAUUUUGCGGUGAGUAAUCGUAUACGUACUAAACAGUCUACCUCACUGUUGACUUGUAAAUUUCAAGUUGAAUGUUAAAAGUGUUUCUAAUAUAUAAUUAAUAUUUGUGUAUAAUGUGAGAUAUCUCGUGAAAGCAAAUAGAUGUGAUAUAAUGUAUAUGUUUAGAGUACAUGCAAAGCAAAAAUGUGAGUAAAGCGAAAUAAUUAGUAAGUUGAUUAUUUUUAUAGCACAAAUUUGAACGAAAAACUUUAAAUAAAAUAUUUUUGAGAGCUA